CACAAGUUUGCUUAGUGUAUCAAUAUUGAAGUCAGGGUUAAGCUAUCACAGAUAAGUCGAAGAAGAAAUGAUAUGACUUUACCAAUAUCGAUUCUCCUUCUUGGUCUCGUGGCAAGAAUGUGCCACACUCAAGACCCCUGCCGCAACAUGCAUUUCCCUUCUCCAGUAGAGGACUACGCCCUCUUUAAUCACACCCUUCAGAAUAUAACUGAUAUAUCAGUGUGGAACUGUCAAGUAAAGUGCUAUGUGAGCCAAGCAUGUCGUGCUGUGAACUAUAAGAAAGGCGCGAAUCUCGGGAGCUGUGAACUGCUGUCCGCCAAAGCUGGAUCCUUCCCUAAAGAUCUGCUAAAGUUCCCAGGAAUCGACUACUACGGCCCCAAUGAGGUUUGCGUUCCAAAUCCUUGUCCCUCGGCCAACAUGACCUGCCUUGAGUUAAAGGGGACUCCAAGAUACAGAUGUGAAUGUCCACAGGGAUACACCGGUGCCGCAUGUGAAACAGAUGUUAAUGAGUGUUCUCUAGAAAACCACAAUUGUCACCGGGACCGCGCUACAUGUGCAAACACCAUUGGGUCCUUCGCAUGCACAUGUAAACCAGGCUAUACAGGAGACGGAAUAAACUGCGCAGAUAUUGAUGAAUGCUCUCUUGGAAGUGGCAACUGUCACCAAGACGCCACUUGUUCUAAUACAGCCGCUUCUUUCACAUGCACUUGUAAACAAGGAUUUAAGGGCGAUGGAGUGAGCUGUGCAGAUAUUGAUGAAUGCUCUCUUGGAAGUGGCAACUGUCACCAAGACGCCAUUUGUUCUAAUACAGCCGCUUCUUUCACAUGCACUUGUAAACAAGGAUUUAAGGGCGAUGGAGUGAGCUGUACAGCAAUAACCUAUACGCACCUUGGAUGCUACGUAGAUACCAGCGACCGUGCCAUCCGGGAAAUUUUCAAAGAACCUGUUACAUUGCAAUAUUGCUUUCAGGAGGCUUUGAGUCGUGGGUACAUAGUAUUCGCAAUGCAGGCUGGCAGGCAGUGUUUUACUGGCGCCAACGCACACAAUACAUAUUACAAACAUGGUAACGGAUCAGAUUGUUCUUGGGGUACUGGGGGGAGUUGGCGUAAUGAUGUUUACCAAAUAAACUACUAAAUAUGUGUUACACAUAUUGCUCUUACCAAAUCACAAUUACAAUUAUUAUUCACAUCCAUUUCAUUUUUGUCAGCAAGAUCGAAAUUGGGAGAGGGGGAGGGCACGAUACAGAAAUAU